GAGAGUAACACAGUUAUGAGAAUGCUUCGGGUUUAACAAAGGGAGAAGAAAUGGGGUUUCUGCAAAAGUUCAUUUUUUUGUUCUUCAUUCUAAGUCUUGUAUCUGCGAUGCUUCUUUCUGCUGUGAGCUCAUACCCGGAGAAAAUGGAAGUUACAGGCAGUCAUUCUAGCAGCAAAGACAACAACAUUAAGAUGAACCCUAUGCUUGUGUUUGACAUUACAUUACAUGGAUUUCUUCUGUGGGCUUCAAUGGGAUUCUUGAUGCCCGUGGGUAUACUUGCUAUCCGAAUGUCUAAUGGUGAGGCUAAUCAAAGAAGGCUCAGAAUGAUUUUCUAUGUUCAUGCAAUUCUGCAGAAAGUUGCUGUACUUGUGGCCACAGUAGGAGCAAUCAUGUCCAUAAAAAACUUCAACAAUGCUUUUAACAAUAAUCAUCAAAGAGUAGGAGUGGCACUCUAUGGUAUUAUCUGGCUUCAGGCCAUUCUUGGUAUUUUUAGACCUCAAAGGGGGUCUAAAAAGAGGACUGUAUGGUUCUUUCUGCAUUGGAUACUUGGAACUGUGAUUUCCUUCCUGGGAAUUUUGAAUGUAUAUAUAGGCUUACAAGCCUACCAAGAGAAGACAUCAAAAAGCAUACGAAUAUGGAACAUACUGUUCACUGUUCAGCUUGUUAUCGUAGUUUUCUUCUACCUUCUUCAGGACAAAUGGGUUUACUUACAGAAGCAGGGAGUGAUUUUGGGCAACGAAUGUUCAGAAAUUUGUUCAGGUAUCACGCAAAAGGAAGUGAAGGCUGAGUCUCGUUGA